ACAUAACGUGAUUUGACACUGACAAUUUUUCGUACUACCAUUAUAUAUAUACAUAAAACUCAACUAUGAAACUGGUCAAUGUUAUCCAGAUCUUGUUCUUCCUCAUCUUACAUAUAUAAGGGUGUAAUAUUUUAUGACUUCACCAUCUCAUUCGUUGUCGAUGGAUCAGAAAAAGGUGCAGAAUUUCUUUGUGAAGAGGAUCAUGGAUGGUCAUGAAGGUGGAAACACCAACUGGGUCAUCAAAGAAGAUGAUGAACAUAGCAAUGAUUCAUCAUCCAUUGGACUCAUGUCAGAAGAAGAAGACUCAAUGGACUCUGUGUGUUCUUCUUCUUCUUCAUCAGAGUUGGCUGAGGAUGCUUCAUCUUCUUCAUCAACACAUUCAAAUAAUGGACCCUUGUAUGAAUUAUCAGACCUCAUGAACCAUCUUCCCAUUAAUUAUAAUGACUUGUGCAGGAGAGGGUUAUCUAUGUUCUAUCAAGGGAAGGCACAAUCUUUCACUUCUUUAGCAAGGGUGGAGAGCAUAGAAGAUCUUCCCAAAAAAGGAACACCUUAUAGCAAGAGAAUGAAAUCAUGCAAAAGUUUUGGGGGAGGUUUAGAUAGUCACAGAAUAUGGUACACUCCAAAGGCUACAAUAUCAAAGAAAACAUCAAGAGGGUCUUUUUCAUCAGUGCUGAGCAAAAGAGGGAGUUUUCAUGGAGGGUCUAGACCUUCCAUUGCUGUUCAUAGAAACUUAUGAAAUUCAGCAUGUUAGAGUUAUACUGCUUAUUUCCUGUACAAAAAAUCCUGAAAAUUUUGAGUUUGAGGUUCAUCUUACUGAGUCAAAUAGUCAUAUGAUGAAUUAUCAUAUUUGAUUCAUUUUUGCUUUGGUUUA